AUGGGUGGAUGCAUGAUGGGGCAGUGCAUGGUGUAUCGCGGAACCAAAUUCCGCAGAGAAAUUGAUUCGAAAUACGCAACGAUAUAUAAACAUAUCUGCGUCACCUGCGGGAAAAGUUACAAACACAAGCAUCAUUUAAAGCGUCAUCACAACUUCGAGUGUGGGAUUGAUCCGAAAUUCAAAUGCGACUUCUGUCCACACAAGACUCGGUACAAGUCCAGUCUGAUGAAGCACAUAAUGGCACGACAUCAGCACUUGCAGGAACAAAAUUCGCAAUAUAGCGGCCGUCAACAGGUUUUCGAGAUGCGUACCGAUACUGAGCAGCCGAAUCUUCACGUGCAAGAAUUCAACACGUAUCAUGAUUUUACGCAAAAUCUUUAA